AUGAAAUACUUCCUACUACUGGUGCAGGAAAGGGAGGUCAAAAUACCUGCAUCAGUAUGGGAGGUGGCUGCACGCGCUGCUGCUGCUCCUCCUCUUCCUCCUCUUCUGUCUGUGGUGUUGCAUGGAAAGUUUGACUGCAAAAUGAGAAAUUUCAGCUGCUUUACUCCAAAAGCGCUGUCUGAUAUGAAUUACUUCCUUGCUUGUCCUCCUAUCAUUCAAUCUCUGGCACUACAAACUUCCGCAACAUUGCUGGCAACAGCUGAAGAAAACCUGUCAUUUCCUAGUAGACUUUGUGAGUCUAACAAUGAUUAUGCUGAUAUUGAUAUUCCUCGUGAUAUUUUAAUGAAAAACUUUGAUGAUUCUAUUGUUGCCAUUGUUGAGAAUAUCUACCCUGCUUUCAUGGAUAAUUACAAAUCUUUUGACUACCUUAAAAGUCGAGUUAUCUUAGCAUCAACAAUUGAAAUUGUUGAUCAAAUUAAUAAUCAUAUUCUUGAUAUGAUGCUAAUCAAAAGAUUAUUAAGCUCUAAUUCAGUUGACUGUUCUGAGAUUCAUGGUAACAGCAUUAUUGAUGUUCUUACUCUUGAGUUUUUCAAAUCUCUAAUAACUUCUGGGUUGCCUAGCCAUGUCAUUAAACUAAAUGUGGGUACUCCGAUAAUGUUUAUGAGAAACAUUGAUCAAUCUGAGGGUUUGUGCAACAGAACUAGGCUUAUAGUGACUAAGAUGACAAAUCAUGUUCUGGAAGCUGAAAUUAUGGGUGGGAAAGGCCAUGACAAAAUUAUCUACAUUCCUAGAAUGGAUAUGUCACCCUUAUAA